AUGCAGGUGAGGACGAGAAGGGAGGGGGUGGAUGAUUGCUUCGGGGCUGACGAGUCACUUGCGGAUAUCGCACGUGUCCGCUUGGUGCCGAGUGGCGCGGGUCGUAAGGCAGCCUAUGUUUUGUCAUGUGACUCCAUUCAGUACAACAUUCGCCUUGGCUCCCGCUCCGCAUUUCUUUUGCGGGGCCUCACGCCACGGCUUGGUAGGUCGCUUGUCACGGGCCAAACGCCGGAAGACGCUGCCGACGCUAGGAAUGACACGAAGAAUACAUAUGGCGGUGUGCGUCGCAAGGGCGGUGUGGACACAAUCUCAUGUGCGGAGGAGGAGGUGCUUGCGGCUCGCAUAAGCGCAGAUGAUGAAUUGGACCGUCACGACGCCUUUCUCGAUCUCUCUCGCGCGUUGGAGGAGGCCUUUUGUUGGCACGGGGCAUUCACGGCCAUUGACGACACCGCUGGCCGUGGCCGGUUGCUGAUGGCUCCGCAGGCUGCCCGAGAGCUUCCCGCGCGCUGGGUGAUGCAGAGCCUAAACGAAACGACGGGGGUGCGGGCAAACCGUGACACCGUGACGCUUCUUGACCGCGGCGAGACGGUCCGUCUCCGCCACGUCCACGACGCCACGCUGUACACCGUCGUGGACGUGGCGAACAUGGCUGGUGGGCAGUAUUGGGUGGAAAUUGCGCCGACGGAGCCAUCUACUAUGGAUUCUAGGCGUGUGGACCGUGAAGACAUCAUCUUGGAGCCGCCGAGGCCGGUGUAUUUUGAUCCGCUUCUUCCAGCAGACGAGUUUAAUAACAUCCGCGGAACGUCAACAUGCCUUUUUGUUGCGGCCACACUCGCGUUGCGGGGGAUUCGUCUCCCACGCGAGAAGACGAUGGUGACGGCAAAUAAAAUGAAGGAGUUUCCCAAGAAUGUGACGGUCCGCAUGGGUCACUAUGUGCGCGGGCUUCGAAAGAAACUGAGCGAGCGGUGCCUGGCGCGACGCUCGUGCUGUGACGAACCAGGCAUGACUUUAUCAGGGCUGGUGGAGGUACGCAUGACGCAAGACUGUGUGACGUUGCGCUACGGGGGCCGAGCGGUUGAAGUGCUUCAGCGCACUGUCGAGCGGUUGUCGCUGUUGUGGGACGCACGUCUCCAAAGGGAACGGGAAGGGACUGCCGUCAAUGGACGCGGAGUGGAGUCUGCACGGAAUGUAUGGCAAUGCGCAGUGACGCAGCAGAGAACAAGUGUAUCCGAUGGUUUGCAUGUUUUCAUGACAUCUGAGCCGUUUUUCUUACGUGUCUUCACAAUGCUUCUGCGCUACCGCUCUCUUUUUGGGGAAAUGGGCUACAAUCAAGGCCCACAUGCCGCCGUUCCACCUCUCGUCAUGCGACAGCUGUGUGAGGCCUUCGAUGUGCAGUGUGAGGCGUUUGCCAGCCCCAUCAACGCACAACUCUCGCAUUUCGGUUCUCUUUUUCCGGAUACGGAUUACUAUUUUGGUAGCCUUGGCUCCUUUUUUGACCUCUCACUCGUGGCCGGCCACUAUGAAGUGAACCCGCCCUUUGUCACGGCCGUGUUGCAGCGUCUACAGACAUGUUUGCUGCAAGAUGCACUUGCUUGUCACGACGGCGAGGACGAUCCGUCACUGCUUUUUGUGAUUGUGCUGCCGUCACACGACUUGGAUGACGCGGAGGUGGCACUCCAUGACUCCCCAACGCCGCCACAACACCGUCACACUGUGAGGGAGAAGGUCGGCAAUAUAGACAACAACAGGGAUGGCGGCGGUGGCGACGGCCACGAUGGAAUCAGUAGAAAGCGUGGACGCCCCGACAGCGCUGGUGAGACGAUGAGUGUGGAGCGGGCGCUGCGUGAGAGUUCAUUUUGUUUGGCCCACGCCCUUUGCGCUGCCGCCGAGUCCGCGUAUGUAGAUGGACACCAGCACCUUCUGCGGGCACCGCUUUUCUGCAUCGGCACACCCACCCGACUGAUUGUCCUGGGGAAUCGCGCAGCCCGCCGUCGCUACGACAACGCUGCCGAACGACUCGCCGCCGUGAAGGACACGUGGUGCCGCUACACACUGGAGUUCAAGCUGGAGAAGAGAAGGGCGUGA